CACCCACCUCCCUCGACUUUGAUUUAGAUCGGGAAGCCCCGGCCGCCCGCCUCUUCCUCUCCCUCCUGACCACGGCGAGCUCCCUUCCCCCUCCCUCACACCAGAUCCAGGGCAUGGAGCCGUGGUGAGCUCCUUCCCCAACCCUCCUCACCGGAUCCAGAGGAGAGCAGGUGACCACGUCCUCCGGCGACGGCGUUGCUCCGGGGUGUGGAGGCCGCCGAGCUGCAGGAGGAGGAGCUCCCUGCCACCCCAAGGCCCCAGAUCCAGCCGCCACGGACAAGGAGCCCGCGGCCAUGGCGACCUAGCAGGCACCACAGGAGGAGGCCGGCCAUGGCGACACCGGAUCUGGCAUCUCCGGGGUCCUCUACAAGUGGGUCAACUACGGUCGCGGGUGGCGGCCCCGCUGGUUCGCGCUCAGCGACGGCGUGCUCUCCUACUACAAGAUCCACGGGCCCGACCGCAUCGACCUCUCCUGCGACACCGACCGCGGCGCCAAGGUCAUCGGCGAGGACUCGCUCCGCCGCCUCGCGCGCCCCUCCUCCGCCUCCGCCCCCCACUCCAAUGGCCACGGCCACCACUAGACGCCCCGCAAGCCCCUCGGCGAAAUCCACCUCAAGGUGUCGACCGUCAGAGAGAGCAGAUCGGACGACAGGAGGUUCUCCAUCUUCUCGGGGACCAAGAGGCUGCACCUGCGGGCCGAGACGAGGGAGGACAUGGCCGCGUGGCUCGAGGCGCUCCGUGCCACCAAGGAGAUGUUCCCGAGGAUGUCCACCAGCGAGAUGGUCGGGCCGGGGGACACUGCGGCGGCCGCGGCGGUCUCCACCGAGCGCCUGAAGAAGCGCCUGCAGCAGGAACGGGUCAGCGAUGCUGCCAUUGCUGACAGCGAGAGGAUCGUGCGGGAGGAGUUUGAGGCGCUGCACAAGCAGCUUGUGCUUCUCAAGCAGAAGCAGGCGCUACUCCUUGACACGCUCCGCCACCUAGAGGUAUUCAUAUCUAUCUGACCCUGCUUCGAACAGAACUUGAUCGUGCAUGGGAGUAGGAAAUUUUGGUGUCCACUGCAUGGUGUGAUAUUGUGCCAUUCUCUACAUGGUUUAAUUAAUGAAGAAACAAGUACAGAGCUACUGACGUACAUUGACGCACGGAGGAAUUUUGCCGUUCUGCGUACACGAUUGACAUGAGUGUACAUCGAAACCGAUUUUGAAUACUAGCUGUCACCAUGGGUCGUGCUGUACUUACAUUUCUUUGAGCUUUCUGCCACUGUUGUUUUAUUGAGUUAGUACUUGCAUUUCUUUGAAAUCUUCUGCCACUGCU